GAGAUUUUAAUCAAACCAAAAAGAAAGUCAAAAUAAUCCAUUAUUUGGUCAAAAGACUCAAAGCCAAACACCUUAAUCCCAAAGCAUAUUCGUCACUCCUUACUUCAUCAAAGUCAAUUACUUGUAAACUUUUCCAAAACGAAUUCUCUAGACCCCUUUCCAAAUUCAACAUCCACUCUUUAUUAAACCCAUCAGAGCACUAAUCAAAUUUUGUGUUAGUAAUCAUCAAAUCCUUAAACCCCUCUUUAAACACGAAACUAAAAAUUGAGACAUAAAUCCAUAACAUAUGGGAACACUUGUGGGACAUGUUGCGCCAGGUUUUGCCUUCUUUGUACUUGGUCUUUGGCACUUAUACAACAACAUAAAACUAUUUUCUCUACACCCAAACACCUUUAAUUCAUCACCAUGGUUCCCAACUUCCAAGUUCAGGCACCUAGAGCUCUACUUAAUCAUGCUCUCUUCAUCAGCCUCCAUAGCCAUGGAGCUCUUUAUUGGGCCCAAGAAACAUCAACCCUUUGACUCUGAUGGCACCAUACCCUCAAACCACCUCCACAACUUUGAACAUUCCUCUAUAUCUAUGUCCUUCUUAGUCUACGCUGUUUUUGCACUAGUCCUUGAUCAAGCAAGGCCUAAAGCCGUCUCUAAGGAACUGACCAUACUCGCGGCAGCCUCUACCUUUGCUCAACAACUCUUCUUAUUCCAUCAUCACUCUGCUGACCACAUGGGCAUCGAGGGACAAUACCAUAAGCUCCUCCAGCUUGUCAUCUUUGUUUCUCUCCUUACCACUUUAAUGGGUAUUGCCUUGCCUAAAAGUUUCUUGGUAAGUUUUGUGAGAUCAUCAAGCAUAGCUUUCCAAGGAGUGUGGUUUAUAGUGAUGGGCUACAUGCUUUGGACACCUAGCUUGAUCUCCAAGGGGUGUUUUCUUUAUGAAGAAAAAGGGCAUGAAGUGGUUAGAUGUUCAAGCGACUUAGCUCUACACAGGGCUAAGUCGCUGGUCAAAAUCGAGUUUAGCUGGUUUUUUGUUGGAAACACAAUAUUUGUUAUGUCUCUAUAUUUGAUUCUUGAUGGAGUUUACGGUGAAAAUAUCGAAUACUCAAGUCUAACCACUAAAGAUCAAGUUGAAGAAGAUGGUGAAAAACAAGAAGACAUCGAGUCGUUGAAGAUGAGUAAUCCAGGUUUUGUCCAGAUGGGUAAAAUUUUUGGAGAUCGAGACGUGGAAAGGUGAUAAAAUCUAAGUUUAUUUGUAUUCCAACGUGUACAAAAUAUAUAAUCGAUUGGAACGAUAAAAUGUGAUUGUAUAAUUUAAACUCUAUUUAUGUUAAGAACGUGCGUCAACUUGUUUAUACGUUAAUAUAGUAACAUAUUAAUUAA